AUGGUCGGCAAUUACCCUUCGUGCACCUCACAUUGCCCCCCAUGUGUGCGGUGGCAGCGGUGGGUGCUGCUCGUGUUGGCAUGGGCAGUAACUGCGGUCUUGCUAGGCAACUGCACGCUUGCCUGGCCACAGUUUCUUUACAUGCAGCGCCGCGUGGAGUUGCCUGCGGCGCCGCAUGCCGAUACAGAUGACACGCACGCGAGUAUACCGCCUCGUUUGUUCCCGGGCACAGAAGAGCGUGGAGAACAAGCCCGCAUGCUCUGGGAGGAGGUCGAGGCGAAAGGGCGGCUGAGUCCGUGCUGGAAGCGUUCUUUGCAGCUCCUGCAAGCCAAGUGCGCUGAGGUGCGGAGCGAGGACACAAUGCGCAGCCGACUGGGACUAUUUAUGGCCACGUGCGACGCGAAUAGCGACGGACGUACCCACCCGAGCUUUCACUGUGCCUCUACUGCUACGCUGCCAUCGGAGCUAUCGACUCGUGCGGUGCGCCAGUGUGUCCAAGGGCUGUCCGACAGCGCCUAUGCAGCCUUCCUGCAGUACCGCCUUCACGCCGACGUGCUGUGCGCCUACUUGGAGGAGGAAUUGUACCAGCAGCGCACUGAAGCCGCGGUGGCUGCAAUGCAUCUGCAGAUGCAGCGCAGUUCACACAUGCUGACUGCGCUGCAGCACUCUGGUGCGGAGGUGGUGGCUCUCAUGAAGGACUCGCAAACGCUUCAGCAAGAGUCGCGCGAGGCUGCGUCGUCAUUGCGUCAUCAGCUUGGCCUUCUUCACAACGGCCAGGCAGCGGCACUGCAGGCACUGCAGCAGGCCGCUGGCGACAUUUUGCGCACCAGCAGCCACACUGAUGCAGCGCUCGGCGAGCUGCACACGCGCGUGCAGGAGGCCGCUGCCGAAGCGCUCGCCUCUGUACAGGCUCUCAGCCAGGAGUCUCUCAAAAGGUUUGCAGAGGUGGAGGCGCAAACGCGCGGUGUGGUGCAGCUCAUGCAGCAGGUGGACAGCCUGCACCACUUGCUGACCCGUCAGCGGCUUCCGCGGCAUCGUGUGGUUUGGGUGCUCGGAUGCAUUUUGGGCGUGCUGGUGCUCACGUGCCUCCCGCAGACGGUAGCGGCGCGGCUUCCAGCAACUUUAUUCACCAUCAUCGGGUGUGUUGGCGUGCCGCUGCUGCGGUGGUGGACUGGACAGUCGCGGUGGCUCUUCCUGCAUGAAACGGCGUGGGAGUCCCUCUGCUUGUCGUUGGCGGUGGGGCUUGUUGGUCACUGUGCCUACCGCUACACACCACCCAACAUCUGGCGGCACCGAAGCCUUGCGCGGGAGGAGGCGAUUCGUGUGUGGGAUGAGCUACAUGUGCUGCAGCAGGCGAAGAAGCACCAGCUUGAUGGUACACUGCUGCAAGCCUAUGUGCCUCAAAUCCCCAUUCUGGGUCUUCAGCCACACCCACGUAUGCUGCGGAAUGAGGCACCUGCGCCAUCCCUGAAUAUCAGCCAUGCACAGUUGCCGCUCUCCAUCACGGUAUCUCCACGCGGCGGCGAGGUGGAAGGGACUCCGACCACAGCCAAUGACUCUCACAGCACCGCACCCAGCGAAGGCUCUGUGAAUGCACCAGAUGAAGUGUCCAGCGCCGCCGGCACACCAAAUCGCAGGAGAGGACGCCCCGCCACCACAGGUGACGACGCCGCCCACCGUCACGCCAAGAGCCAGCGAACCGACGCGGCAGACAGGCAUCGGUGUGUCGCUGCCCGCACCAAGCGCUCAACGGCACGCAGCACCUCAGGAACGAUGCGCAGGAAAGGAUGA